AUGUCAGACUCCUCAAGUGUGGACUGGAGCUUAGCCAACGGAAAUGGCUACGUGUUAGAUCAUAGCCAUAUCUCAGCCUGUCGUCUCAAUCUACAGAACCAUCUCUGGAAAGAAGCGCUGGGAUUCAUCGUACACCCAUCAAUCCAGUUAAGUAAUGAGAGCGUGAUUGCGGAUGUUGCAACAGGUACCGGAGCUUGGCUCCUAGACGUUAUUCAUUUGCCGGAUGACUUGGUGGGAAAAUACGACUACGUGCCUGGGACGAGCUCGAUUAAUUUCCUGACAAUGGAUUUAUUUGCGUCUAGUUUGGUGAAGAUGGGGAAGGUUGAGGCGGCGAAAAAGUGGUAUGGUGUUAUACAGCAAGGGUAUCAGGAAUCUACGACGGGCGCGGCGUUAUGUAUUCCUAGACUUCUAAAGUUGACAUCCACAAACCGAAUUACAAAAUCAAGUGCUCCUGCUCCAGUUCCAGCUCCGGUUGCAGGACAUGGAAUUGAGUUAAUCAUAGUAUCGAGACGUAACACAGGUGUCAAGGCGCCGAAAUAUAUCGGUGGAGAGAUUGGCGAGAAUAUGGUGGUCCAGGUAGGGGGUAUAAAAGGAGAUGGAGAAGGAGAGGGAGAGAGGGAGAGAGGGAGGGAGAUGGAGAUGGAGAUGGAGAAAUGA